AGAGAAGUUUACAACCGUGCACACGUGAGGUACCAGAGUCAGAUGUUGAGAGGAUGCAAAAGUCACUUGUCAUCUUUCAAAAAAGAAACGAAUAAAAAUAUAGUCAUACGCUUACUUGCUGCAACGGGUUUCGAACGCAACUUUACGCAGCAAGUAUUUUUAGCGGUGUGGAUGAACUCGUCGAUGUCUUCAUGGCAACGAGACGACUCGAUGAUGCGCGCUUAGCAUGGCGUUGGCCCCCGCAGCGACCACCCAGGGAUGGCGCACGCCGGUGAACCGGACUCGCCAGUCCCGGAGAGUGGCGCUUAUGCUGGGCUCUCUGCUCACCUCUCUCCUCCUGAUGCUCCACUGCCUGGCCGCACCGCUGCGAGCCACCUCCCGCCGGGCAGCUGCGGAGGAGCCGCAGCCCGACUCCUGGAGGACGGCUGAGUGGAAAGGCGCGGAGGAAGCGGCGGGCUACGUGAACUCCAGGGGCUUCUUGCGGGGUCUCGCGGACGCUCGAGGCGGCCUGUCCGUUCUGGAUGCAUCGGAGAAGAUGGAGGAGGCUGCCGGCAUCCUACCGGCGGUGGGGCAAGUGGUGGCCGGCCGGAGGGCAUCACCGAGGCUCGCAGGUAGACUCAGCCCGCUCGGCGAGGGCGACAAGAAACUGCCCCAGGCGCUCAUCGUCGGCGUGAAGAAGGGAGGCACCCGGGCUCUGCUGGAGUUUCUGCGCGUGCAUCCGGACAUCAGGGCCGUCGGAGCAGAACCGCACUUCUUUGACCGCAACUAUGACAACGGUCUAGAGUGGUACAGGGAUCUGAUGCCCAAGACCUUGGAGGGCCAGAUCACCAUGGAGAAGACCCCCAGCUACUUCGUGACCAAAGAGGUACCCGCUCGGAUUUCGGCCAUGUCGCGGGACACCAAGUUGAUCGUGGUGGUGCGGGACCCGGUCACCCGGGCCAUCUCGGACUACACUCAGACGCUGUCCAAGAAGCCCGACAUUCCGUCCUUCGAGAGCCUCACCUUCAAGAACAGGACUACGGGCCUCAUCGACACGUCGUGGAGCGCCAUCCAGAUCGGCAUCUACGCCAAGCACCUGGACAACUGGUUGCAGUACUUCCCCAUGGAGCAGAUCCUGUUUGUGAGCGGCGAGCGGCUCAUCAGCGACCCGGCCGGCGAGCUGGGACGCGUGCAGGACUUCCUGGGCCUCAAGCGCAUCAUCACCGACAAACAUUUCUACUUCAACCAGACCAAGGGGUUCCCGUGCCUAAAGAAGGCGGAGGGCAGCAGCAAGCCCCACUGCCUGGGCAAAACCAAAGGGCGCACCCACCCAGACAUCCGCCCAGAGGUGGUGCGCCGCCUCAGAGACUUCUACCGGCCCUUUAACAUGAAGUUCUACCAGAUGACUGCGCACAACUUUGGCUGGGAUGACUGAAUGUGGCGAUCGACAACAUGCCGAAUAUCAGGGAGAAAGUUCCGUUCCCCCCCCCCCCCCCCCCCGACCUUCCACCAAUGAAUUGGCUAAAGCUAAAUUUGCAUCUUUACAUUUCGCUAUCUUUUCAGUUGAAAUGAAGCAAUGA